AGCGCAAAACAGGCCAUCAUGUCGAAGCCACAGGUCAUCGUCUACGGCUACAACGCCUCGCCGUUCUACCAGAAGCUGCUCAGCGUGCUGGCCGUGCUGCGCGUCGAGCAUGCCAUCUGCGCCACGCCGCCCGUGAUGCCGCGGCCCAUGCUCAGCGAAGAGCUCGGCAUCACGUACCGCCGCAUCCCGGUGAUGGCCAUCGACGGCGAGGUGUACUGCGACACGAGCAUCGCCAUUGAGGAGCUCGAUGCCCGCUUCGGCGGCAGGCAGGGGCACGGCAAGAGCCUGUUCGCCGUGCACGGCACGCUGCAGAAGCGUCUCGUUGCGCACUGGUCGGACCGCGAGGUCUUCAUGCUCGCCGCAGGCCUCAUUCCGCUCCAGGCGCUGUCCAAGGAGUUCAUUGAGGACCGCAAGGGCUUUGCCGCAGCGCCGAUCGGCAAGGCGUCGCCGGCGCUGUCCAAGUCGCAGCUGCUCACGCACCUCGCCAGCCUCGAGACGAUGCUCUCCGAGUCGGCGUCGCAGUACCUGAUGGGUACCGAGACGCCGCAGUACCUCGAUCUCGGCGCCGCAUUUGCGCUGCACUGGCUGCGCACGGGCCUGAAAGCCGUGCCGGAGCUGCUGCCGCUGGAUGGCAACGGCCCCUACCCAAAGGUGCUCGCCUGGCUCACCGCCGUCGACGGCUACGUCAACUCGUGCCGCAGCGGCAAGCCGCCACGCAUCAGCAGCAGCGACGCGGCCGAUGCUAUCGCAAAGGCCGGCGCAGCUGCCGUGCAGAAGGUGCAGGACGCAGCCGGCGUCAGUGCAUCGGACCCAACAGGCCUCCAGAAGGGCGAUGUCGUCGAGGUGACGCCGCGCGACUCGGGCCGCGUGCCGCAGCGCGGUGCCCUGCUGGCCCUGUCUGACCGGCGCAUCACGCUGCGGGUCGACGGCAAGCGCGGUCCCGUGCUGGUGCACUUCCCGCGCGCUUUCUUCGAUGUGCGGGUGCCGAAGGAGCAGGCGAAGCUGUGACGCGGCAUGCCUGUGGGCCUGUACUGUGCAAGCAUGCGAUGUGCUCAGUC